UGCAGACAGUGAGAGAAGGUGCUGAUAUGUUCAAGAAACUAAACAUCUCUUUCCCUGAAGUCAACAUUCCCAGUGAAGACCUGGAGAAACCAAAGGACUUCUAUGUGUUCAAAGGCCAAAACGCUCCAACCGUGAUUCACAUCCCUCUGUUUAAUGUGGUCAACUGUGGAGAUGAAGUUGAGGCCUGGAGGAACAAAUAUCGCACCUUUCAAGGCCCUUACAGUGCUGAGAUGAUCACUGAUCUUAUGGAGGUCGCUGGAAAAAACAUCUCAAACAACAGAGAGAAACUGAAGGAGCAGAUUGCUGCAGUCGUUGGGAAAAAAGCACACAGCUAAUGAGAAUCUGAAGAGCGCACAAUGUUCUGAAAUGAAGAGGCAAAGUCAUUACCGUUUGUUUGAAUGUUUUUCUUUUUUACGUAAAAUGAUGUUCCAGUUACACUUAAU